AUGGAGGAAGAAGGGCGUGAAGGAAUAAAUGAAGAAAUGUACGAGACGAUGGAAGAUGGACAGACAUUAGAUAUCCACGAGGCGGCAUUUCUCACUCCCCGUCUAGCGGUUUUUACUGAUGGUGGUAAUCAGGAAACAGAGACGUUUAAUGAAUAUAACGGGGAUCAAGCUCCAAGAGGAGUAUCUGCCAUAUCAACAAGAGCAGAAGAAGAUUCAUUAGCUGUACUAGGUGACACAGAAGAUAUCUGGGAGAAGGAUAUUGCACAUGCUGCACUCCUUAACAGAGAUGAAGAGAAGGAACAGCAAGUACAGCAUUCCUUUGAUUAUGAUGAGACAGCACCAAUUGCGGGUAUGUUCUUUGCAACGGGGGAAGAACACGAGGAAGAAGAAAACGACAUGAAUGACCCAAAUGAAGAAGAAGAGAAUGAGGAUGAGGAUGGAGAUGAUGUGAUGGGGAAUGUUGACAGUUUCCAUCCCGGUGGAAGUUCUGCUGCUUCGCCCAAUGCCGCUGCGGGGGGUGGCCGCUCCACUUUUCCCCUCUCACGGGUGCGGGAGCUCCUCAAAUUCCACGGCCUCUCCUCCAUCGUCGCGAAGGAUGCGGCGCUCACCGCCUCGGACGCGGUGGUCCUCAUGCUGCGCGACUUCACACGACUGGCAGCGGCAGAGGCGGAGCGGCAACAACGCAAAACCGUCACGUACACCGAUGUGGCACGUGUGGUGCACUACUUUGACCGCUUUUCAUUCUUGUCGGAUAUUAUUCCACAGCCACCAGAGAGCCAUAGUGGCACAGCAAAGGUGAUGGUGGGUUCGGGUAAGUUGCCAACAGCCUUAGCCUCAACAUCUGCAGCCGCAGCCGCAGGAGGGGCGAGAGCAGGUCGUGGUGGUGCACGUGAUGGAGUAUCGCGACAUCAGACAAAGGGAGGAGCCACAACAGAAGAAGGUGGUCGCUUGCGUCAGGCUACGCUUCGUUUUUGA